AUGGCCACAAAUAACUAUUAUGAAGAUGAUCAAGAUCCUAUAGAAAAAGAAUUAGCCAAUGAAAAAAGCCAUGAUAUCCUAUAUAGCAUAGAUUCAUGGUCAUCAUAUAGUUCUACAUAUCAUCCAUCUCAUAUUUUAGUCGAUAGCCCCGAAGAUCAGGGAUCAAGGUGGAGUUCCACUAAUAACACAAAUGAACAGUAUAUUAUAAUAAAAUUAAAUCAAUUAUCUAUUGUAAAAGAAAUUACUUUUGGGAAAUAUUAUAAACCUCAUGUUUGCAAUCUCAAAGAGCUAAAAGUUUACGGAGGACCAUCGAGAAAUAGCAUGCUUCUUGUUUUACAUACUGGACUUACAAAUGACGUUGAAUCAGAAUCUUUUCAAUUAUUAAGGAAGAGCAGAAAACACAACACACAUGUUCCUAUUCUCUUUUUAAAAAUUGUUCCUCUAGCAGUUUGGGGCACAGACUUUAAUUUUUCUAUAUGGCAUGUAAAAAUACAUGGAUGGACAUGCAGAAAAAUUGUGACAAAUGCUAUGAAUAACUUAGAAUCAAAGCUAGAAACAUAUGCUUUAAAACUUACUCUUACACACCUUCGUCGCCGAAACUCUAUAAAAACAUUCAAAUUAUUAUCUUCUUUGUUUCCAAUAGAACUAGAACACCCGUUUCUGAAUAAUCUAUACCAAACAUUAGUGAUCGAUGGAAAUUUUGUCAAAGCAGAACUCUUAAUUGACGAAGCACAGUCAAUGAAUGCAUUUAAUGAAUAUAUAUCAAAACAGUGUUAUAAUUCAUUGUGGGUUGAAAACGUUCAAUCAGAUUUAUAUAGUAUUCCAGGCGUAAGAGGAGGUCACCAGAUGUGUAUUGAUCAAGAAGAAAGAACAAUAUAUCUUUUUGGAGGGUGGGAUGGCUAUAAGGAUUUAUCAGACUUCUGGUCAUAUUCUAUAAAAUACAAUACAUGGAAGAAAAUAUCUGAUGAUACAUCAUUACAAAAUGGUCCGUCCCCUAGAUCAUGUCAUAAAAUAUGUUUUGAUUCGAAAGAAAAAAAGAUUUAUGUUCUUGGAAAGUUUAUUGAAGCAAAUCAAAGAAAUCAAGAAAAUAUAUGUAUAGCAGAUUUCUGGACAUGGGAUAUAAAAACUGAAAAAUGGGAAUGUAUUUCAAAAAAUACAGCAAAUGAUAAUGGACCUUCUUUGAUUUUCGAUCAUGCAAUGUGUAUAGAUGAAAGCAACCAAAUAAUAUAUGUUUUUGGGGGAAGAAUAGUCACAUUAGAUCCAUCUGUAAAUAAACUUAGCGACUUCUUUUGUUAUUCUAUACCAGAUCGUACAUGGAAAAUUCUUAGAAAAGAUAGCAAUUCGUUAGUACCUACGAUAAAUACUUUAAGAUCAAGAAUUGGUCAUUCAAUGCUCUUUGAACCCAUUCUGAGAUGUCUUUUUAUUUUUGCAGGGCAACGUUGUAAAGAAUACCUUUCAGAUUUUUAUCUUUAUGAUAUAGAUAAAGACAAAAUUUCCGUUAUAAGCAUGGAUUAUUCUAAUGAUGGGGGUCCUGAAGGAGGAUUUACACAAAGAGCUACAUUGAAUCCAAAAAAAAAGGAAAUAAUAGUAUUAAGCGGUUUAAUAAAGGAUAAGAAGAGUAACCAGGAAAUUGUCAGGAGCUCUGCUUGGGUUUAUUAUUACGGAAAUAACAUAAAACACGGUGUUUGGAACAAAAUUAAUCAAAAUGAUAAUAACAGUUUUUCAAAAGGAAAAAAUAGACCUUGUCCUAGAUAUGCUCAUCAACUUGUAUAUGAUGAAAAAUCCGAACUACACUUUUUAUAUGGUGGAAAUCCAAGAAAUAAAGAUUUUCCAAAAGAAAGGUUAGGGGAUUUCUGGACUCUUGAACUACAGAAACCGACCAUUUCAGAAAUAUCAAGGCGAUUAAAACUAUAUUUACGAAAACAAAGAUUUAGAGAACUUUGUCAUGUAUUAUCUUCAAUAGAUGCGCUAUCAUACUUACAUAAUGAACUUUCUGCUUUACUUGAUCAUUCAAAUAAAGAGGAAAUUUAUUCUUUUUACUCUCUUAUAACAAGCGAACUAUUGGCACCGAAAUCCGAAAAAUGCACUGAUGAUACAGAAAUGAAAAAUCUUAUACAUACUCUUAGAAUGGAAGUUUUCGAUAAUUUAAUUGACUUUUUUCCUCAAAAUUGGAGAGGUCCUAACGAAAAAUUAAUAGAUCUAAUUAAGCUAUAA